UGUUGAUAUCAAUAUGGCGGUUGUCAGCCAGACAAAGACAGUCAGUCUGAUGUGACUGAGACAAGGAAGGUUUUCAGGGGUAGACUGAGAGAUAGGGGCCUCCCCUCCCCCUUCUCCUCUUCCUGCGCCAGCUUCAACCCCUCCCCAGUCCCCUUCCGACUGGCGCCCCUCGCGGAAGACACCCCUCCUCCUCCUGAUUUCCCCUCCUCCCUACCUCAGCCCUUCGUACUGGGACGUUGGGGAGGGGGCUGUGCCGGGCGAAGAGAAGUCAGCAAGGAUUCUGAGCCAAAACAGGGUCAGGGUCCCACUCAGAGCCCUGGGGAGAGCGUCAUGAAAGCAGCUUCCCAAGACUGCACUUUCCCAGCCUUCCCAGCAGAUGGUGCUCUUGACAACCUAUUUCCCAUGACCCUACAAAGGAUCCAGUCAUUGUGAACAGGAAGAUGAGAUAAGCUGAUUGGCAUAAACUAAUAAGGACCAACCCCUGGAGAAUGAUAAAUAACACUGAUCAUCUCUGGAAAAGUUAUUGAUUCACCUCAUGUAAAGUAUGCUGAGUUCCUUUCCAGUGGUUUUGCUGGAAACCAUGUCUCACUAUACAGAUGAACCCAGAUUUACCAUAGAGCAGAUAGAUCUGCUUCAGCGCCUUCGACGUACUGGAAUGACUAAACAUGAAAUUCUCCAUGCCUUGGAAACUUUGGACCGUCUUGAUCAAGAGCAUAGUGACAAGUUUGGAAGAAGGUCCAGCUAUGGAGGAAGUUCAUAUGGGAAUAGUUCCAACAAUGUUCCAGCAUCUUCCUCUACCGCAACAGCCUCCACACAGACCCAGCAUUCAGGAAUGUCCCCAUCACCCAGCAACAGUUAUGAUACUUCCCCACAGCCUUGUACUACCAAUCAAAAUGGGAGGGAGAGUAACGAGCGAUUAUCCACAUCCAAUGGAAAGAUGUCACCAACUCGCUAUCAUGCAAACAGCAUGGGUCAGAGAUCAUACAGUUUUGAAGCCUCAGAAGAGGACCUAGAUGUAGAUGAUAAAGUGGAGGAAUUAAUGAGGAGGGACAGCAGUGUGAUAAAAGAGGAAAUCAAAGCCUUUCUUGCCAAUCGGAGGAUUUCCCAAGCAGUUGUUGCACAGGUAACAGGUAUCAGUCAGAGCCGGAUCUCUCAUUGGCUGUUGCAGCAGGGAUCAGACCUGAGUGAACAGAAGAAAAGGGCAUUUUACCGAUGGUAUCAACUUGAGAAGACAAAUCCUGGGGCUACACUAAGUAUGAGACCUGCUCCAAUUCCUAUAGAAGACCCGGAAUGGAGACAGACGCCUCCUCCAGUCUCUGCCACAUCUGGCACCUUCCGACUAAGACGGGGUAGUCGAUUUACCUGGAGAAAGGAAUGCCUGGCUGUCAUGGAAAGUUACUUCAAUGAGAAUCAAUACCCAGAUGAAGCAAAGAGAGAAGAAAUUGCAAAUGCUUGCAAUGCAGUUAUACAGAAGCCAGGCAAAAAGCUGUCAGAUCUGGAACGAGUUACCUCCCUGAAAGUGUAUAAUUGGUUUGCUAACAGACGGAAGGAGAUCAAGAGGAGAGCCAAUAUCGAAGCAGCAAUCCUGGAGAGUCAUGGGAUAGAUGUACAGAGUCCAGGAGGCCAUUCCAACAGUGAUGACGUUGAUGGAAAUGACUACUCAGAGCAGGAUACUUGGCAAGUACGCAAUGGGGAGGAGGAGGAGGGAAGAAGUUCAGAGGGAGGCAGAGAAGCAGAGAAGGAUGACAGCACUAGCCAUAGUGACCACCAAGAUCCCAUCUCAUUAGCUGUGGAAAUGGCAGCAGUCAACCACACAAUCUUGGCAUUGGCCCGACAAGGAGCCAACGAAAUCAAGACAGAGGCCCUGGAUGAUGACUGAUCAGGGAGGGUUAAACACAAGACGUUAACUUAGUUUUAGACGUAGCACCUUAGCAGACUUUUCCUCGGUCCUUAACAUGUGUUCUUACAGUAUAACUUUGCAGUUUCUUGUAUGUCAGUUAGCCGUUAGGGUCUUGUUCUGUGAAGAUGGCAUGGUGCCCUCAGCCUUUGCAUAUACUCUCUCAGUAUUAAUUCCCAGUAAUUAACCAACCAACCAAACUUUCCUCUCCCAGCCCCUGAGGCUAGAAAAUCUUGCUGCUCCGUCUUAGCAUUCCAAGAAAGUGCUUCCAGGUAUUUAGAUAGCCCUCAGUUCUCAAAUAUUAGGCUAUGUGUAAAAUCUUGGGUACCUUUAGAUUCAUGUAACACUAGUCUAUAACCCUUUUUCCUUCCCCAAGAUUGAUAGGAUGCAAGCUGAGGUAGCGUGGCACAGGAUUGACAGACACCAUUUGGGGGGUAUCUACAGAGUAAAAGGAACACUAGAAUCCCCACCUCAGCGUAAGAAUAAUUGAUUUUCAGCUGCAAUAAGCCGUGCCUCAUUAUAGUCACACUGUGGCUAGAUUAUACUUCUUUGGGUGCUGUGCUAAGAAUGUCAAUGGGACAACUCAGUCUCAGAUUCUGGUUGAUGUUAACAUGGCCUGACCAGACAUCCUUUCCUCUCGUAAGCUGUGUGACUUAAUAGAUAAAAUACUGCCUUCUGCCUUUGGGACCAUGAUUUAAAAAAAAAAAAAAGAAAAGAAAAAACAAGUUAUUUUAAAAAAACGACAGCUUGAGAGCAUUGGAAAAAGUACGGGCCGAAUGUCUAAUGGAUGCUAAGUUCAGUUCUCAGAACCACUAUUUGCUUGUGGCACAGUGUCAGUGCCUGCCUGGAAAAGUUCCAGAAGUCAUCACAGAAGUUGCUUUGCCUCCUGUGUGUGUUCCCUUUCUUUACUACCAAAAAAAGUCUUUCAAGGAUAGAACUAAGGUAAAAAAAUGAGUAAAUGAACUUAAGAGUCUCUGUAUCCAUUACUGCAGCCCCCUCAAUCUGAGAGGUUGGUAGAGGACUUUAUUGUGGGAUUAUGCUGACUUGACUAUCACAAAUGCCUAAAUAGGAGCAGAAAAAAGCAGGGGACAUUUACCACUUACAUUGUGGGUAUACAAUGGGAUGUGACUGCUUUGGUGUUCUCUUUACUCUGUCCUCUUAGAGGUGUGAAAAGCUAUAUUGCUACAGGCAAUUUAUUUAAUAAUUGGAAGCCAUAUUGAUAAUGGAUGUGGUAAUAUUUGUAAAGUUUAAUCUACUUUAAGUGACAGUAACUAAUGGAAUUUUUUUCCUUGAUCACAUAUGUAGCACUUUUGUUACUUUUUAAAGAUAUUUAUAUUUGAUAAAUCCUUUUUUCAUUUUUAGAACUCAAAAUACCAAACAGUGAACUUGUGUUAUAAAGUCACCCUGUGAUCACCUUGUCAUCUAGUAGCAAAAUGAUGAACUAUUCAUGCAUCAAAGAAAAUUACAUCUGCUGGCCUUUAUGAAAAUGAUCUCUUGGCAUCCCGAUUAAAUGACACACUGUCACUACGGGUAAGAGGAAACAGCAUUCAAUGUAGCAGCAUAGGGUGCAUCUAAAAGAGGCACAACUGCUGUCUAUUUUCUGCUUCAUUCCAUCUCUCCUUUCUGUAUAUAACAAAAACUUGUUUAAAGGGGAAUGUGAGGCUGGCUAUUAAGCAGAGCCUCUGUCUUUUUGCCCAUUAUCUGAAAACAGUUUUUAAGAUAGAAAGAAGGUGCCAUUUCCUCACCACUUCACCUCUUUUCCCCCUCCCCCCAAGUGUAUUAGACUUAAAACCAUUGAGAGCGAGUUACUGACCUUCCUUAUUUGUCCCUUUCUCAUUAGUGGAUAAUGAAUAUCUGCCAGUUUUUAACUGGUCUAACUCCACUUAAGGCACACACUAACUAGAUCAUCUCCUUUUCUGUUGAUCUUGCGUACGUAAGUGUGAGGAAGAAUCUUUGAGAGGGCGUGAAAAUGCCACCUCGUAUGUGUCUGUGACAUUAAAGACCUAUAGGCAAGGCUUUGUCCUGCUCUUGUCCAUGGAUUUCAGGGGGAAAAUGUAUGUACUUUUUCAGCUUCCAAGAAUUAAAGUAAAACAGAGCAGUCUUUUCUGUUUUACAGUAUUACUUGAACCAUUCGAUUCAAGAGUAGCAAUUUGUUAUUCUCAGGAAUGAAUCCCCCACUCAUAUUCUUUCUUGGUUCAAUUAGGAUAUUGUAUUAUCCUUCUUUCAUUUUAUUUUACUUAGAAGAAAUAUGGCAUAUUGUAUCCUUCAUUUUGGUGGAAUUUUGUCUGCUUACUCUUGGUGGAAUCAGAAAGAAAAGGGGAGAGAGAAAGAAAACACUCUCAGACAAGCCACAUCCAUGAUUUAUUGUUUUUGGAUUUAUUUGCCCUGGUCUGGAGAGCAACAUUCAGAUGUGCCCUGGAACCUCACAGUUAGCGUCUGAGCCCCCAGGUAUGGUGGGUUUGUGGGCUGGUUGGUGUGUGCUGUCCCCACUGCCGGCAGGAUGGCCCUGAGCAGGUCCCACUUAAAAGCUCUUUGGAUACUGGCUCCCUUAAUGCCAUCUUCAUUUUCUCUCUCUUUUUAAUAAAAGUGGCUCUGUACAGCCAUAAUUAACUCUCAAAUUCACAUUGAUGUGCUGUGAUCAAAUGAAGGUUUGACUGAAUCUUUUGAAAUUGUAACCAUGGUAAUUGAGGGGGGUGGCAUAGAAUGAAUAUAGAAAAAUAUAGUAACGACAAUUGUUCUGAAUGACCAAGUGUCCUCCUGACAUAUAAUUAGCUGUUUUAGCAAGAUGUAGAUUGGCAUGGUCAUAAUUAAAAGGAUUUCUGUCCUUUCUGUGACUGAAAAUGGCAGCUCUCCCAUUCUGUGUUCCCUUUUAGCACAAAUACUCCCAAGAACAUUUGGAACAGCGACUCAGUAAACUAAAAUAAUGACAUGGUGUUCAUGUUCUCUCCCAAGUGAAAGAGAAGGAUUUGGAUUUAUUUCAGCUUCAAAAUAGAAGCCUUUGCUUAUUGUUCCCCAUUUGACUUCUAAAUUAUUUGAAACCUCUCUCACAUCCAAUUUCAACCUGUUCCAUCUUUGGACAGAAACCAUAGACAAAAUCCCAAACUGAGUUAUUACUGGACAACUACUAACUGACAAGGCCUUCCAGAUUACUCCUUCCCACUUGCUAACCAGCUAGGAGAUAUCAUGUUACCCUGGCUUAAGAACAUUUACUACUUAAUGAGCUUCCUAGAAUUUUCAGAUUUUUUUCUUGAUUAUUUGAUAUUAUGGUAAGAAAGUGUUUAUCAAAUGGCAGUUUACACAUAAGUUAAAUAGGUUUUUUCCUCAUUGAAUUGUGAUGUAGAACAGACAACAUGACGUGAACACAUAAAUAAACCAAUGCAUACCAGCUUUAAACAACUAUAUGGCACAAUGGAAUGCUGGUAUUUGCAGUGUCCUAAAGUCAUGGGAAAAGACAUGAAUUUUCUCCAGCUUUUCUCCCUUCACUCUUGUAUAGCAAUUACCAACUUUCUCAUGUCUAGCGCCUUCUGUUUUUAUCCUGAGUUUUCCCCCGUAUUCCACUAUGUCAGUGUGAUUGGUUCCUUGGCACUUUGAAAUCCAUGCUCUCUCCCUUCCCACUUUGCUCCUUCCUCCUUCCGUCUACCUGUCCCAUUGGGUCUCGUGUGGUAUGGAUGCCCUACAUGGUCCCUCGACCACGGUGCCUGCUCUUCUCACCCUGAGGGGUCACACUGGAUGGGAGCUGCUGAUUCACCACCUCACCUUCCUCUAGAGUAUGUUGGGAUUUUUGUUUCCAUCACUUGCGGAAGUUCUUAUUCAAUUACGUGAUCAGGAAUGAGUCUGCCAGAAGAUCAGCACCCAUCCCAGUGCCCAGUGGCCUUCGUAAGCCAUGCUGUUCCCAGGAAGCUCACGGCUAUGCCAGCUGGGCCUGGGUCCAUGAGCCCUUUUCUUUUCUAGGAUCGGACACUCCAGGAUUGGUUAGUUGCCACUAAACAAAAUACGGCUCUUGCUUUUUUUCGUAUUUUGCUGUUUCCCUUUCUACAAACCUUUACCCCCUCCACGUAUUAGGAGGAAUCCUAGCCUAGCUUCAAUGCCUAGUUAAAAUUCAGUCUUACGAGAAUGCUGAGGUAAGCUGCUUUUUAUAAUUAUCCUCCCCCAAACCUGCCCUCAAACACACAAAUACAUAUAGAAUUUGGGAAAAGGUCCUUACACCAUGAAAUUCUUUCUUCUUCUUCUUCUUUUUUUUUUUAAUUUUCUUCCUCCCAAAAUACUUGCAAUAACAAAAUCCCAAACUGAGUUAUUACUCAAAUGUGUAAUAGUUAGACUAGAUUAAGAAGAUGAACCUGUAAAAGGUUUUUUACUGAGCACUUCUCUUCCUUUAAGGUAUAAAAGUCACUUUAGGCCCCUGCACACCUGCAUUCCUAAUAUAUGUGCAGUCACUGAGACUGUUCCCUUUGGGAUCCUACCAGUCUUUGUGGCAAUUAGAAUGAUUAUGGAUUUAUGACCCCAAAGAGUAUGGCAUCCCUUAUUUUCCCAGCUGCUAAAAACAUAACAAAAUAUCUCCAUUAGAAUUUGGAUUAUGUGUUAAUAUUAGAGAUUCUGGGAUCUGACUAGAUGAGUAUAAUUCUGUGAUUUGUGAGCCAUACAUUAAAACAUUUCAUAGAAAAUUGAUUAUCUGCUUACAUUGAAAGAAAAUAGAAUUAUCACUUCAGUUAAAAUGUAACAUGAUCAGCCGCUUAAGGGUGAUGCUACUUGAAAAUAACUGGAGUUGGAAGGACAUUUAGCUUCCCAAAUAUUCCCAGAGACCACUCUGAUGAUUCAAAAAACCCUCCUUUAUAUACUUCUUUACCACCGGCAGCCCCCAUUGCUUCCCCUAACAAAAAAGCAACUCAGUUCACCACAAUCAGUGAAAAUUUAGGUAACAUUUACCCAUGAAAUAUGUAUUUUUUGGAAGAAAACACCAAACAUAAUUAUUCCUAUCAGAAACUAGAUGAAGACACUGUGAUUCUAAAUCAUAAUACUAAAAGAGAAAGGCCUGCAGACCUCCCUGAGCAUUCACGGCUCUUAAUAAUCAUGACUGGUAUUUACUGAGCAACAGCUAGGUUCCGGGCACUGAUCGGAGAGUGAUGACACAGCGAAAGUUGUUUGUCACUUCUCUGAAUGAAGUCACUGAGUGAGCAUGUUCCAUUUCCCCAUGACAGCCUUGGGUGGUCCCCCAGUUUCUGAGCAUUGCUGUCGUCUUCCCGUGCAGCCAGUUCCCUCCAACACUGGACCGGUGUCAUCUUAGAUUCCAUAUCCUCAUCUACUUUCCUCAUCCAAUAAACAAGCUACUGGUUAGUCUUUCUCCUUGGUUAGUGUUGGUGACAGAUGCAGGAAUUCAGUGAGGCUGUUCAGCUGCGACCUGAGGCACUUCAGUCCCCUCCUGUCAGGGAGGCAAAUGUGAAAGCCUUGCCUUUCACUGGGAAGAAACAUACAUAGCUGUCUUACGGUCCAUAUACUGAGGGGAACUAGUAUUUUAGCAACACUCUGGGUGCAGUACCAGUUGGUGAAGGCAGAGAAAGUUAAAAUCUCUCACAUUUCCUUUUUUCGCUCUCUAGAAAGCUCUUCUGGCAUUUUCUUAGUGCCUGUUAGUUUUGGGCAUCUGCUAGUGUUUAGAAGUGUUUUGCUAAGCCACUCCAACUUCUGAUGCUUUCCCCUCCAUAGUCAUUAUUUGGGUUAGUGACUUAGUGACCCUGGGCAAGGGGCAUGGACUUGACCAACUUAAAAUUCUUUUUUUCCUCCUUUCCCCACUUUCUGGCUCUUUUCCUCUCGAAAAUAAGUAGCUAUCCUGUAGUUGGUUCUUUCAUUGUUUCUCUUUUCUGAUCUGCUAUGUUAUGUCAUAGACAUCCUUGAAACUCAGGAGAGUGAAAACCAUUUCAAGAGCUAUGCCACAGCUUUGGAAAAUCUACCAUGUUGACUAGUUAGCACUGAUGGUCCCAUAAUUAAUACAUUUCUUUUCAUUAGCCAGCUAAUGGAGUUUUUUUAUUAUCUAUCACACACCCCUCCCCCCCCCCCAAAAAAAAACACCUUAACUUGAAGGGAAGAAGACAUAUAUGGCUUCCAUUUUGGUAUUGGUUCAGAUGUUGCAUCCUUGUGGUGGUUAGACUGCCGUUGAAAUUUUAGAAUGGGGACACUAGCUCCUCUAUAGGAAGAACCAGAUGCAUUCCACAACCUAAUAUUCAUGAUACAAGAAGACAUGACACUUUUGUUUCAAGGUUUAUUCCUCCCUUUAUGGCUUUUUCAACUUCCUAUCACUUCCAGGUCAAGUCUAAAUUUCAGCUUUGUGACUUUCUUUGAGAACAAAAAUCUCUCACUUUUCUGUUUUAUUCGAACUAAGAGCCCAGCAUAAACUUGUGAGGGUCAUUUUUCCAUUUCAUCAUUCACUGAAGCUAUUAAACUGAAAAACAAAAACUACAUUAGUGCUAUAUUAAUGUAAACAGCAGCCACUCCAAUAAUAUUACAUUAAACUCUUGGUUUUAUGCCAAAUUCAGGGGAAGGGGAGCAAGUACAUACAUUAGUAGACUGGACUGAGUGAAGGUGAGAGAGAGCUCAGCUGUGGGCUUCUUUUGAGAAGCAUUAGUGUUCGUUGUAAUUUACCUUGAGAAACCACAUUUCAGUAUAUCAGAGUCAGUGAACCCCUUAAUCAUGCCUCUCUGAAAAUGAGCGCUACUAAACCAAAACCAAAGUUCUUGGAGGCAGCGGGUGGAGCUCUUCUUUUUCAAGCAUUGGAAGCUCUGGCAAGACUUCCCUAAUUGCUCUUUGGUUUUGCCAGAACACUCCUCUUUGAAGGGGCCUUCUUUUCCUAGUAGUUUCUCUCACAUUGAUAUUAGAAAACCAGUCCAUGCCAGCGCCCUGUGACAGUGAGUCUAGAGCAGGCAGACCCACUUUUUGCCUCAUUCAGCUUCUUCAACAGUUUGCAGAACAUGGAAAAAGAAAGGCCUCUGCUGGCUCACGUCCCUGGCCCCUGAGCCAUCAUGUCACGGUUUCUUCACAUUCACUUAGGCUGCAAGGUAGGAAGCUAUCUCUGUCAGAAGAUGCUAAGAAUAUCAUAGUUGCCUCCUCUGGAAGAGCCCACAGCCUUCUCUGAUUCCCCAUGGGCUGACUCCCUUCCAUGGCCAUGGUCACACUGGGUAUGCAGUACUUUUCAAGGAUAAAUUUCUGUUUGUUUUUUAAGUGCCUAAGCAAGUUACAGACCUCUGGAACCUGCCAGAGAGUUGGCCUGUGCCCUGUCCCCUCUUCUUUCCUCAAUUCUGCCCUUAGCCCUUACGGCUGACAUAGGGUGGCUGCCCCUUUCCAGUGUUCCUGGCAUUCUGCGGGCAGAACAACUGCAAGGGCAAGCCAGGGGAGAGAUCUCAUCAUUGCUACAGCAGGCUGGCGUUAUCACUGUUUUCCUGUGUUUCUUUCUAAGGGUGUUUCUGUUCAUAUGGUUAUGGUCCUGGUUCAUGGAGAACUUGGAAGGAGACUUGUAUUUCUUAGCUAAAUCUCAGUAGCUAGUGCAUGAAGAAGGCAGGAGAGCAAGAUAGCCUCAGAGCAGAAUUCAGAAAAGGCAUCGCGAUCCAAGAGGGCAGAGUCAAAUGAUCAUAAUUAGUAAACAUGAUGAUUCAUUUACAGUUGUUCAUCACUGGAAUCCUGACUACCUUCCCUCAUCCUCUUUUCCUGGAUUUGAGGGAUCAGGUGUCUGUCUGUUCAUGAGGGCCCAGAAAGGCUGUCAUUGGUAGGGUGUUAAGCAAGAUCAAAAGUGCAUCUUUGAAAGUGAGUGUGAGAUUGUUUCCUUCUUUUUUAAAGUAAUUAAGUCUGAUCUAAAUAUGGGGCCUUUAUUAUAUAGUGGGUGUGUGACAGAUUUUGUGACUGCACUCUAUCCAUAUCACGUAACUAAGCAGUACUCAGAUGAUUUAUUGGUACAUUAAAAGGUUUUGCAAAAUGGAACAAUCCAUAUCCAGGCACUUUAUUUUCAUUAAUAAUCCAGCAUUUUUGUUGAGACAAUGUAUAACCCAAACUCUGGGCAUUCACACUUAACACAAAUGGGCAAAUUUGUGAGCAGAAUUCUUCUGACUUGGAUUUAAAAGAGAAGAGGUUGUUGAUCAAAUGGGAGAAAUACUGCUGUGGUAAUAAUGAAAAUAAGGCUUUUCUGGAGCAUGUAAAUCAACCAGACAAUUUGGCAGUGCAUUGUCAUUCAGUUCUCCAGCUGCUAUUUUUUGUACAGGUUCUACCCAGUGCUUGUCAGUUACCCUGGUAGUAAUUGAAAAGAGAUGAAUGUGGGAUUGCAGCAAACUAGGGAAAACAACAAGGAAAUGCAAUUAGAAGCAGGAAAAGAAGCCAGUUUCUUUUCACUUAAAUGUACUUGAACACUCCAGCAGGACAGAGUGCUGGGGAAUUAUUUCCGUUUCAACGAUGUGCAGCUUUGGUUUUACCGUUCAUUGUAGUGAUGGGAACUAGCUGGUGCAAGUUAUAAGAUGGAAAGCAAGUUUAACAGUUAUAAUUUGAUCAGAUACCAUGGACCAGAUGCCUUGGGAUUGCCUAAAAGUAUUUAGCAUCCACCAAAUACUCAAGUAUCUAAGAUGGGCUGUGUGGGAUCUCUGUCAGAUGUGUUUGGGGGGCACACAUCAUCCCUCCCUACCUUGGCCUUGUGUGUCUUGUCUUUGAGUUUCCAUUCAGAGUCUCCUCUGGUCUCUGUCCUCCCAUCUUGUGCACCAUGUGUCCCUGAGGGCGAGUCACACCUGUGUCUGAGUCUGCUGUAAGGUGUUCAGUCUACCUCAAGGGGUCAUCAUGGUAUACGCUCGUCCACAUAACAAUCUUUUUUACAUUGCCACACACACUGGAAUGUAUAUCUUCCCCUGCCCUUACCUCCCCUGUCCCUUAAUAACCUCCUGACCCCCUUUCCUGUAAUCACCACAGACUCCUAGUGCAAAUUGGAUGCUGCUUUAAAUGUGAAAACAAUUGUUCAAAAGCUAUAAAACCUGAAUGAAAGCUAAAGCUGAAUUUAUAAGCCUUGUUGCAUAUGAGCCAAAAGUGCAAAAAGCUCUAUAUAAUGAACUAACCUGCCACUCAUAUAAAUAUAAAUAUAUAUAAAUAUAUUAAAAUCAGACUGUUCUACAAAAUUGUGUAUUUGUAUUUUUGUGUACGUACAAUUUUCUGCUAAGCAGAAGGAGGAUGUAGUAUAGGAUGCUGUGAGAAGAGAUUUGGUUUAAUCAUAUUUCUUGGUUACUUAUUUUUGUUAACAUCCAGAUGCCUGUCUUCGUCUUAUAUGUGUAUGACACUGUUUUGAAAGCUGCAGUAUCUCCCUUCCUUAUGUCCAGAGUCCUUUAGAGAAUGAGAAAUGGGGAUUAGAGAGUUGUCUUGGUCACAGAACAUGGAUAAGUGAGCAGAACCAUUUGAACAAGAUCAGUUCCUGUAGUGCGUGUGUUUGAGCUAGGAGCUGCUCGCCGUCCUGGGGUAGGAUUGGGGGAAGGAGAUGGCUUACCCACUUUGAGCCAGCCACUGCACUUUGACUUGCCUCUGGGAAGCCAGAUUCCACUUGUAGAAAUCAACACUUCUAAGAAAACAAAGACAGUCAAUGGUCAGAUCCCUGUUACAUGAGUCUCCAUUGGGUCCACCAGAAUGGGGACAUAGGGUAUCUCUGAACUUAGGAACAGGACCUCUUAUUUCUGUGCCAGAUGUUUGGACAAAAGCAGCAGGUAGCGCUGCUCUGGCCAUAGUGUGCAGCGUAUUGGCCAUCCAUGGGCUCCAUUUCCCUCACCAGAGUAGUUGCUGCCUUUUUUCAGGUCAGGUUACCAAAAUGCCUCCCCUCUGCUGAGCUGCUGAUGCUUCAUCACCCAGACCUCCAGCCCCAGUUACCUGGAGCACCUCAGAGCCCACUUUCCUGGUGCUAAAACACAAGAGGGGGUUAAAGUGGCUGCCAAUAAUGCCAGAAACCAGCCGACCCACCAAGAGGCCAGGCUGAAAGACAAGCUUCACAGGCCCUUCCACGAUGAAGGCAUCCAGCUGCCCUGAGCCCCAGGCCCCUCCCCGCUGCUUCCCACCCACUUCUCAGCCCCAUGUGGUCCCUCCUGAUGUUAAUCUUCUCUAGGGAGAGUGAUACUGCACCUUCACCUGUUGGACUCAUAUUUAUAACAAUGUGUUAUGACUGUAGCAAAAAGCCCUUGUUUCUAGAUGUAAAUGGUCAAAGAAACAAGGUGCUCUAUUGUAUCGAUUAAAAUAGUUCAAAUGAGUCCUGUAUCAUUGUAUCUCCUAUUCUGGAUUAGUGCCUUUUGGACAGUAGACUGUUCUGUAAUUAAAAUGUAGUAUACUGCUUUUUUGUACAGUUUUGUUUUAAUAAAACUUUUUUUUAAUUUGUGUUUAUUUUAGUAUUGUACCUAUUAGAGAAUAAAAUGUAUAACUGAA